AUGGGCUUCAAACUCGAGGAAGUCAAGACCGACGAAGAAUUCGUCCCGCUCUUCGUCGCUUUCCGCGAUGGCUUCGCGAACCCGGACAGCGCCCUCUGGCGGCUCUUUAUGGGCGACUGGAAACCCCACGACCCCGCCGCGCGCGAAGAAGCCCUCCGAGAAGGCACGGCGAGGCUGCGGUCCUGGCACCGCGGCGAUCCGACGAGCACGUGGCUGAGAGUCGUCGACGAGGAGACGGGAAAGGUCGUAGCCGGCGGACGGUGGAGCAUCUACGAGAAAGAUAAGCCGGAUCCGUAUGAGGGGCAUGUGCCGGGCGAGGCGACGUGGUUCCCCGAGGGAGAUCCGAGGAGGAUUGCGAGUUUGUUGUUGAAUCAGUUUUUGGAUAGCGCUGUGAGGAACGCGAAUCGGCCUCACGUUUUUUUGAACAUUCUCUUCACGAUCCCUGAGUAUCGGCGUCGGGGAGCGGCGUCUCUUGUAAUGGACUGGGGUGUUGAGAGGGCUGACCGGCGGGGGCUGGAUGUCUACAUCGAGGCUACUGAGAAGGGGAAGCCGCUGUACGAGAAGUAUGGGCUCGAGACGAUUGAGGAGAACCAUUUGGACGUUGAUGAGAAAGACUUGCCGUCGCCCGAGGACCCGGAGCUGAGGAGGGAGGUUGUGAGGCAGUUGACGCCGUUUAGGUGGUGGAGUAUGGUCAGGAGGGCGGAGGUUUGA